AUGACAAUUACUGAUGAAGGAUCAUCUACAUCCAAAACAUUUUUUGUUCAAGUCAUGAGAAUAGAGUCAAAAAUAUCACGAUUACUAAAACGAUCGAUAGCUCCAAGACAAAAUUCAAAAGGACAAUAUUAUCAAUAUUAUCUGCGAAUUGAUUACACCAUUCUUCAAUCUACAUGUAAACCAAUUCAUAUGUUUAAUACAAGUGUAACUAUUGAAUCCCUUCGAUAUUUAACAAAUUCAAAACUUAAUACGAUUACUCGAAAUACCACUCUUGAUAUUGAUAUUAUUUCAAUUAAUUCAAUACUUAAAAACCAUACUAUAAUUAAACAGAAUUCUUCAUAUAAAUCUACAAAAACACUAUGUGAUUAUGUUCUUCAAUUAUAUAUUGGUUUGAACUUUCCUUCAUAUUGUGAUGAUGCUUGCCAAGCAUUAGCAACUAAACGUUUAACCUUCUAUUCUCGACCAUUUGGUGAUCCAGUAGAUUAUUCAUUUAUAUUUACUUUAUCGUCUCUAAAUUCAACAAAACCACCGGCUAAUUUGACAAUUCGACAUGCUUUACUUUUUUUUCCAAACGCAAAAUCUAAUCCACGAUUUAAUUUAGUUCGAAGUACUAUGUAUUUCAAUAAACAAGUUUAUAUUCGUUCACUUGAUGAUAAUCGUUAUAUAUCAGCAAUAAUACUUGAUUCAUCUGCUUAUCAAACAACAAUAACAAUGUCACCAAUUAAUCGAAGUUUAUUUUUAAUUACAAAUCCUUUAGAUGAAAAUUCAUUUGAAAAUGAUUCUUCAACUGUUUAUGUCUCAUUUUUAUCAUUAGCAGCACCUAAUACAUAUCUACGUCAUAAAAAUAGAAGAAUUAAUUUAGGAAAAAAUGAUCAAUCAAUUCCAUUUAAACAAGAUGCUACAUUUAAAUUAUUAAUAGGUACAAGAAAUAAGGAUAUGGUGGCAUUUCAAUCAAUAAAUGUUCCUGAAUCAUAUAUAGCAACUGAUACAGAAAUAAGAAUGGCCUUGUUUUUACAACAACCUAAAGAAAAACAAUUAAAUAUUGAUUAUUUAGACAAUAAAUUUUUAUUUAAACUAAAUUUUGAUGUAUAG